AUGUUGAGUCGCAAGAGUAUUUAUUUGCUAGCUAUUGCGUUUUUAUCCAAGGUGGCAAUUGCCUCCAAGGACGUUGAAUACAAUAUUGAACAUCCUGAGUUAUCUUUGAAAGAUAUUGAAAUUUCCAAGAAUUCCUUUUGGGAACAUUUCCAAAAUUAUGAUACUAAUGAAGAGUUCACAAAGACCUGGAUCACCUCUGAAAGACAAGUUAUUGAUAGAUCAAGUGGUGAAGAAAGGUUACAAUAUCCUGUAAAAUGGGGGAUUGAAGAAGCUUAUUUGGUUCCUGGGUUGUCAGGUGAUAAAGGUUUGGUGACAUACCAUGAAGGUAGUUUUGCAAUGAUUGGUCGUCAAUUAGACAGUCCAAUAAGAUUUGAAGCUAAGGAUAAACUUGUUUUACAAUACGAAUUAAAAGUCCAAACCCAAUUCGAAUGUGGUGGUGCUUUUAUAAAAUUAUUGCCAAAAGUUAAUGAGUCUGAUUUCAAAAAUUACGGUGAUGAUGAUUCUGCAGUACUUGAAUUGUUGUUUGGUCCAGAUAAUUGUCAGCCAUACACAGAUGAAAUUCAUUUUGGUAUUAGAAAAACAAAUCCAAUCAGUAAGAAGAAUGAUUUGAUGUUCUUAGAACAUGCCCCAGUCUCUAAACUUGGUGAUGAUACAUUAUCCCAUUUGUAUACUUUAAUAAUCGAUGGUAAAACUAAUGAUUUUGAAAUCAGAUACGAUGGUAAUGUAGUGAUUGCUUCAAAUUUAUUAAAGGAAGGUGAAUUUGUUCCACCAUUCGGUGGACAUAAAAUGAUCCCAAAUCCUAAAUCUGUUAAACCAAAGGAUUGGGAUGACCGUAAAGUGAUCCCUGACUACGAUCAAAAGAAACCUGAGGACUGGGAUGAUCGUGAAUAUAUUCCUGAUCCAGAUGCUAAAAAGCCGGAAUCUUGGGAUGAAUCUAUUCCUGAAUUCAUCUCCGAACCUGACCGUAGCCAACCAUCUUGGUGGGACGAGGAAACUGAUGGUGAAUGGGUUGCUCCAUUUAUUCCAAACCCAUUAUGUAAGACUGAAAAGGGUUGCGGUAAGUGGAAACCAGAGUAUAUUCUAAACCCUGAUUACCAAGGCCAAUGGAAACAACCAACAAAGGAAAAUCCAAACUACCAAGGUGAAUGGGAGCCAGAAUUAAUUGAGAAUCCAAACCAUUACGAAGAUAAAACACCUGCCAAAUUAGAAAACGAAAUUGGUUCUAUUUUAUUCGAGUUCUGGAGUGGUUCUGUUGAUCUAAUGAUUGAUAACAUCUACCUUGGUAAAUCUGUCGACGAAGCUGAAUUAAUUGGUAACAAGACAUUCUUGUUGAAGAGAGAAUUGGAAGAAGAAGAAGUUAAGUCAGGCGGUAAAGCCGUCCCAUUGGGAUCCAAGAAGAAGACUGAACCAAUUAUCGAAACUGAAGAAAAUGAAUAUAUCAAAAAUAUUGCUGAAUUUGUUGAUUCAUUGCCUCCAAUUGUCCAAUACAUUUCAGGUGGUCUAAUACUACUUGGUUUAUUAAUGAUGUCAGCUUCAAUAGUUUUGAAAGGUACUAUGGCAUUACAAGGUGAAGACUACGUUGCCCCUAAGAAAACCAAGAAAGUUUCCACAACUUCAGAAAAGAAGGAAACUAGUGAUAAAUCAACUGGAUCAAGUACAGCAAUUAAGGAAGAAACUUCUUCAGAUGAAUUAACUUCAAGAAAAGCUGAUUGA